CAGAGCUCCAAUUCUAUUACCCCUUUUACAUCUGUGAAAAGUACUUAAACAUAGGACUAUUUAAGCUUCUUCUCAUGAGUCCAACAAACCUAAAGACAAAGAUGUUCCUCAAGGUUUGACUCAGCUGCAUGCUGAAAUAUAUCAUGCCCCUUUCUUGUUAGCAUUCCAUCAAUAAAAUCAGAGGAAGCUGAAUUAAUUGUAGGCUUAUAGUACUUUACCAUUUGCCUAUGUGUGUCGUCUGAAAAUCCUGUUUGAGGUUUAUUCCUAAGAUGGAUAAAUUUUGUUUCUUCGUUACUGCUGCUAUACUGACGGCAAACUGUGCUACAAUCUGCCAAGCAGUUCUUCAUGUUGAUCAAAACCUCAGCACUGAUGCAUCUUCUCUUCUUGAGUUCAAAAGCCAAGUAACUUCUGACCCUUUCAGGAUCUUGGCCAAUUGGUCUUCCACAACUCAUGUUUGUAACUGGAUAGGUGUCUCUUGCAACCUCCAUCAGAGAAUCACAGCCUUAAAGCUGUCAAACUGGAGCCUUUCAGGAACCGUUUCACCUCAUCUAGGCAAUCUCACAUUCCUCACAUUAUUGGAUAUUAGUUUUAACAGCUUCAGUGGCUUCAUCCCAAAUGAGUUGUCUAAUUUGCAUGGUUUGAAACUGAUGGAUUUUGGGUACAACAACUUCUCUGGAGAGAUCCCAUCUUGGUUUGGAACCUUCAUAGAGCUUGAGCUCCUUCUCCUUGACAGCAACAGGUUCUCAGGUGUCAUUCCUGUUCCGCUAUGCAAUGUGUCGAAGCUGAAGAGAUUGAAUUUGAACGACAAUCUUCUUCAAGGAAGUAUUCCACAAGGGAUUGCUAAUAUUUCUUACCUGAGGAUAUUAAAUCUGCGAUAUAAUCAGCUUGAAGGUUCUAUACCGUCUGGAAUAUUCAACCUGACUCUCUUGCAACGUAUUGACCUCACAAGGAACAGCCUAUCAGGAAAUCUGCCAAUGGACAUCUGCAAUCAUCCCUCCAAGCUACAAGGUCUUUAUCUGUCUUACAAUCAUUUUGAAGGUGAAAUUCCCACACAAUUGUACAAAUGUAGAUACCUUGAAUAUUUGUCACUUUCAUACAAUCAAUUCUAUGGCAAAAUUCCGAGGACACUUGGGUACUUGAGCCAGCUCAAGGAAUUAUAUAUUGGGGGAAACAUUUUCACUGGAGAGAUUCCUUCAGGGAUUGGUAAUCUUACACAUUUGGAGGAAUUGAGCAUAAGGGAUAGCUUGCUAACAGGGAAAGUUCCGUUUUCUAUCUUCAACAUAUCAACUCUGGAAAUAAUUGAUUUUUCUAACAACAGUCUAUCAGGAAGCUUCCCAGUAGACAUGUUAUACAAUCUCCCAGCACUAAAACAGAUGGAUCUUUCUAGCAAUCAGCUCAAUGGCUCAAUUCCCUUUUUCAUAUGGGGUUGCAAGGCUCUUGUAGACCUAGGACUGAAACACAAUAACUUCACAGGUGGCAUAUCUGAUAGGAUUGGGAACCUCACUUCGCUCAGAAAGAUAAUUCUAGACGAUAACAAGUUGAAAGGUGAAUUACCAAGUGAGAUUGGUAAAAACAUCAAUCUUGAAGUCAUCUCUCUUAGAAACAACCACCUCUUGGGCCUCCUCCAACCUGGUAUCUUCAACAUGUCAUCGCUAGUGUAUAUAGAUUUGGCUGGUAAUCAAUUCUCAGGCUCUCUUCCUUCAAGUAUUUGGAGUACACUUCCAAAGCUGCAAGAAGUUUAUCUGGACGACAAUAAAUUCAGCGGAAUAUUGCCGGCUGCCAUAUCAAAUGCUUCUAAGAUUACCAAGCUAAGCAUUAUUGGAAAUUCUUUUAGUGGUCCUAUACCUACUACGCUAGGUGACUUGCAACUCUUGAAGUAUCUUUUACUCGGAGGAAACAACUUCACAAGAGAAUCUUCAACCCCAGAGUUGAGAUUUAUCUUUUCUUUAACAAAAUGCAGACAGUUGGAGGUUGUGGAAUUAUCACAGAAUCAAUUCAAUGGUUUCCUUCCAACUUCAUUAGGGAAUUUUUCUACUUCUCUUCGAUCGUUUAGGGCCUUUGGAAGCAAGAUCAAGGGUGCAAUUCCAACUGAAAUUGGAAAUUUGAGCAGUCUACAAGCCAUAUAUCUUGAUAGCAAUGAUUUGACGGGAUUUAUUCCACCCUCAGUCGGGAAAUUAAGCCGUGUUGAGCGUAUAUAUCUUGAACACAAUAGAUUGCAAGGGCAAAUGCCUGCUGAGCUUUGUCAACUGAAAAAUCUUGGUGACUUGUAUCUGAAUGAAAAUAUGCUUUCUGGUCCAAUACCUGAUUGUUUGGGUGAAAUCAAGGCCUUGAGAGCCGUCUUUUUGCAAUCCAACAAUUUAAAUUCCACAAUUCCAUCUAGUCUUUGGAACCUUGAAGAUCUCCUCGGCCUAAACCUGUCUUCAAACUCUUUAAGCGGGAGUCUUCCAUCUGAGGUAAAAAAUCUGAAGGUUAUAACGCAACUAGACUUGUCAUGGAAUCAAUUUUCAGGAAAUAUUCCAAGUCCUCUGGGAAGUGCAGAAUCACUAGCUUAUCUGUCCAUGGCACACAACAAAUUUCAAGGAAACAUUCCUGAAUCUUUUGGAAACCUAGUGAGUUUGGAAUAUUUAGAUCUAUCUCAAAAUGAUUUUACUGGAGUGAUACCAAAGUCAUUAGAGAAGCUUGGUUACAUGAAAUACUUCAAUGUGUCUUUCAAUAGAUUAGAAGGGGAAAUUCCAACAGGUGGACCUUUUGCCAACUUAACAGUCCAAUCAUUCAUGCAUAACUAUGCAUUGUGUGGUUCAGGCAGGUUACAUUUUCCACCCUGCAAAAAAACUGCCUCCAAAUCAAGAUCAAAGAAAGCUAUUUCAAUGAUCAAGUAUUUUUUACCUCUAAUUAUAUUGGGUAUCAUAGUUUUGGCAGCCAUUUCAUUUGCGUGCAGAAAGAGAAAAAUUCCAAGAAGGGAAUUACCACAGAGUGAUAACCUGUUGCCUCCUAAAUGGAGAAAAGUUUCUUAUCAAGAGAUUUUGGGAGCGACAGAUUCCUUUAACGAAAGAAACUUACUUGGGACUGGAAGUUUUGGUUCUGUCUACAGAGGGAUAUUUUCUGAUGGCUCCAUUUUUGCAGUAAAAGUUUUUCACGCAGAAAGAUCAAGCAAGAGCUUUGAUGCUGAAUGUCAAGUACUUGCAAGUACCCGCCAUCGAAACUUAGUUAAAAUCAUCAGCUGUUACAACAAUCAGGACUUCAAGGCUCUGGUACUAGAGUAUAUGCAUAAUGGGAGCCUGGAAAUCUGGUUGCAUUCAGAGAAUUCCUUUUUGGACAUGCUACAAAGACUAAACAUAAUGAUCGAUGUUGCAUCAGCUUUAGAAUAUCUUCACCAUGAUCAUACGCCUCCCAUAGUUCAUUGCGAUUUAAAGCCUAGUAACAUCCUGCUAGAUGAAGAUAUGACAGCACAUAUAUGUGAUUUUGGUAUUGCUAAACUCUUUGAUGAUGGGGAAGCUAUGGUUCAAACAAAGACUUUAGCAACUAUUGGAUACAUGUCACCAGAGUAUGGAAUGCAAGGGACAGUAUCGACGAGUGGCGAUGUCUAUAGUUAUGGGGUAAUCUUACUAGAAACAUUCACAAGGAAAAGGCCAACUGAUGACUGUUUUGGACAAGGAUUAGAUUUGAAGCAUUGGGUUAGCAAAUCAAUACAAGCAAACUCAAUGAAGGAAGUUGUUGACAGCAAUUUAAUUCAACAAGAAAAGCAGAAGUUGUAUGCAAAGGAAGAAUGUGUGCUGUCUAUCCUUGGUCUAGGCCUGGAUUGUUUAGUUGAUGCACCCCAGGAGAGGAUUAACAUGAGGGACAUUGUGAGUAAACUGAAAAUGAUCAAAGAAACACUUCAGAAAAAUGUACAGAAGUAGCAAUCUAAUUUUUACGAAUUGCACUAGCUAGAAUAUCAUCAUUUCUUUUCGCUAUAAGAUCGUUUUUCUCCUACUAUUGUGUAACGUAUUAAAAUACAAUGCCACUUGACUGAACACAUGGUCAAUUGUUU